GCCUCUUCCCCGUGUUCCUUUUAACAGUCCUGUUCUUUCGCUGGGAUGUGAGCAGAUGUUGCCCUUCCCCGCUGCCAAUGUGAAGUAUCAGAAGAGAAGAGUUGGAACUUUCUGGGACAAGAGAGGACUGUUCAUUCUCUCAUUCUUUGGUUUUAGUAAGUGAAGAGCUCCAAGAAUUGCAAGUGAAGACGAGGAUUGCUCCUCCUGCCCAGGGCCUGUCAUGGAUGAAGAGACUCAGCACAGCCUUGAAUGCAUCCAGGCUAAUCAGAUUUUUCCCAGGAAGCAGCUGAUCCGAGAGGAUGAGAACCUUCAGGUGCCCUUCAUUGAGCUGCACGGGGAGAGCACGGAGUACGUGGGACGAGCAGAGGAUGCCAUCAUUGCCCUCUCCAACUACAGGCUCCACAUCAAAUUCAAGGAAUCUGUUGUCAAUGUUCCAUUGCAGCUCAUUGAGAGUGUGGAGUGCCGGGAUAUAUUCCAGCUUCAUUUGACUUGCAAGGACUGCAAGGUUAUCAGGUGUCAGUUCUCCACCUUUGAGCAGUGUCAGGACUGGCUGAAGAGGCUCAACAACGCCAUCCGCCCCCCGGCCAAGAUAGAGGACCUGUUCUCCUUCGCCUACCACGCCUGGUGCAUGGAGGUUUAUGCCAGUGAGAAGGAGCAGCACGGGGACCUGUGUCGGCCAGGAGAACAUGUCACUUCCAGGUUUAAGAACGAGGUGGAGCGGAUGGGGUUUGAUAUGAACAAUGCCUGGAGGAUUUCCAACAUCAAUGAGAAGUACAAGCUGUGUGGCAGCUACCCCCAGGAGAUCAUCGUCCCUGCCUGGAUCACGGACAAGGAGCUGGAGAGCGUGGCCAGCUUCCGCUCCUGGAAGCGCAUCCCCGCCGUGGUGUACAGGCACCAGAGCAAUGGGGCAGUGAUCUCCCGCUGCGGGCAGCCCGAGGUGAGCUGGUGGGGCUGGAGGAACGCCGACGAUGAGCACCUGGUGCAGUCCGUGGCCAAAGCCUGUGCCUCAGACUCCAGGUCCAACAGUAACAAGUUAAUGAAUGGGAAUUGCUCCAGAGAUCUGCCCAACGGAGGGGACCUCUCUGAUGUGGAAUUUGACUCCUCCAUCUCCAACGCCUCAGGAGCAGAGAGUUUGGCAAUCCAGCCUCAGAAGCUGCUGAUCCUGGACGCGCGAUCUUACGCGGCAGCCGUGGCCAACAGAGCCAAGGGGGGAGGCUGUGAGUGCCCAGAAUAUUACCCCAACUGUGAAGUGGUGUUCAUGGGGAUGGCAAACAUCCACUCCAUCCGCAAGAGCUUCCAGUCGCUGCGUCUGCUCUGCACACAAAUGCCAGACCCAGGAAAUUGGCUGUCAGCUCUGGAGAGCACCAAGUGGCUGCAGCACCUGUCGGUGCUCCUCAAGUCGGCGCUGCUGGUGGUGCACGCCGUGGACCGCGACCAGCGGCCCGUGCUGGUGCACUGCUCCGACGGCUGGGACCGCACGCCCCAGAUCGUGGCCCUGGCCAAGCUCCUGCUGGACCCCUACUACAGGACCACAGAGGGUUUCCAGGUGCUGGUGGAGACGGAGUGGUUGGAUUUUGGCCACAAGUUUGCAGAUCGCUGCGGCCACGGGGAGAAUUCGGACGACCUGAACGAGCGCUGCCCGGUGUUUCUGCAGUGGCUGGACUGUGUCCAUCAGCUCCAGAGGCAGUUCCCCUGCUCCUUCGAGUUUAACGAAGCAUUCCUUGUGAAGUUGGUGCAGCACACCUACUCCUGCCUCUUUGGAACAUUCCUGUGCAACAAUGCGAAAGAGAGAGGAGAGAAACACACUCAGGAACGGACCUGCUCCGUCUGGUCUUUGCUGCGGGCAGCAAACAAAGCCUUCAAAAACCUGCUCUACUCCUCCCAGUCGGAAUCUGUGCUGUAUCCCGUGUGCCAUGUGCGGAACUUGAUGCUCUGGAGCGCCGUUUACCUGCCCUGCUCCUCGCCCUCCACGCCCGCCGACGACACCUGUGCCCCCUACCCUGUGCCAGGCUCUAGCCCCGAAGAGCAGCCUCUGGGCAGGCUACCAAAGACAAGAUCCUUUGACAAUCUGACGACAGCCUGUGACAGCAGCGUGCCUACAGCCAACCGCCGCAGCAGCGACCCCAGCCUCAACGAGAAGUGGCAGGAGCACCGGCGCUCCCUGGAGCUCAGCAGCCUGGGCCCCCCCGGGGACGACCCCUUCGAGGGGGACGGGCUGGGCAGGCAGGGCAGGGCCCCCGUGGGCGCAGAGCUCUCUGUGGCAGCCGGGGUGGCAGAGGGACAGAUGGAGAACAUUCUGCAGGAGGCCACUAAAGAUGAUGUUGGGCUGGAGGAGCACUUGAGGGGUGGCCUGGAGGCAGCAGGGAAAGGGGAUGAGGUUGGCCUGGAUAAGGAGAAGAGAGCUGACAAUCUGUGUGGGGAAAAGGCCGAGGUGGAUGCAGGUACCGUAACGAACAAUCCCACAGCCAACCCACACCCAGCCUCACAUGGUGCUGCAGAGCUCAAAGGACAGCAGGACGAGCUCAGUGACCCCAGCUGCGCUCUCCAGAAGGCACCUCAGGGGAGAGGACUGCAGGCUGCUCCUUCUGAGGGCUCCGGAAACAGAGAUGCUCCAAACAACACGGAGGAGGAAGGUCUUGGGAAAGGUGAAGGAGAAGCAGAGAGCCCGUGUGGCACAGCCCAGGCCAGCCUUGCCUUCCCUCUGACAGCCCUGCUGGAGGAAAGGACAUCCAACAUCGAAAACUCCACAGAAACCUUAACAGAGCCCGAAGCGAAGCCCGAGCUCACGGCCAGGGCCCCGUGCCACCGACGUCACCCCUUCGACAACAGCGCUGACGAGCUGUCCCGAACCCUGCACAGCAGGCCGGAGGGGGAGUGCAUGAUAGAGCUCCAAAAACUGGGAUCAAGAGUGCACAGGACUUCUGGUAGCAGCACCACUCACCUCCCGAUGCCUUCCCCUUGUGCCUUGCCUCUAGCAGACCGCAAAGACGAGCUGGUGUAUAAUGGGGAGCUGGAGCUGGAGAACAAACUGGUGGAGAAACCCGCGGGAUUCGCGGCCCCCAGAUUCCCCGCCACCAACGGACACUGCGUCAACGGCGACGACGGGCGCAUCAAGGACGUCUAUUCCCGACUCGGAAAGCAAUCUGGAUCAGAACUGCUUGUCUCGCUGCAGCACAGAGAUUUUCUCUGAAGCCAGCUGGGAGCAGGUGGAUAAACAGGAUACAGAGGUGACACGGUGGCUCCCGGACCACCUGGCCGCGCACUGCUACGGCUGCGACAGCGCCUUCUGGCUCGCCAGCCGGAAACACCACUGCAGCGGGAUCCUGUGGGAUUCUCCUUGCCCAGCUCCUCCCCCUUUCCUGCCUGUCCUGUCUGUGUGUCCGUGUCCCCGCGCGUGCGUGUGUGUGUAUAUAAUAAUAUAUCUGUUUGUUUGCGGGAGGGUCCUGGAGGUGGGGAGGGAGCUGCUGAGAGCCAGGAUCCCUGGGGUAUUUAUCUGUCCCACUGCAGAACUGCUGCAGAACGAGGAUUCUGGGGAGCAGGGAGCAGAGGGAGCCGGGCCGGCCGGAGCGCAGAGCCUGAAUAGCUGCAGCCUCCAGUGCUUUCAAUCACUCCUGUUAUUCCAAACCCGAAACUGCUGUUUGGGAACCUGUUGCUGCUAGAAGAGAUGGGAAUCUCCUUCCCCAGAGACCUUUUCCCUCUCUGUUCUCACAGUGGCUGCCCGAGGGGCUCUCAGUCAGGUUCCUGGCUCUGUACCUGCACACACAAUCCGUGAGCUCUGAGCCCCCGCAGCAGGAACACCUGGAAUGCUGGCUCGGGAAUGCGCGAGCUGUGGUGAGAGCCGAGCCAGGCGUCACAGCGACCCUGCAAUUCCUGCCUCAGUCCAGCAGGACAGGAGCAGAGCUCUGCCUUGUCCCUGCCCCAUCCGUGUGGGUCCCUCUGGGAGCAGAGCACUGCCAUGGCCAGGCCUGGCUGCUCACUCGCACUUUACUGGACGAUCCAAACUGGCGGAAGGCGGCCGGGGCUCGGCCUGUGAGCGUUGUGCUGGUGCCGGGCACCCUCCUGGGAUGCUCCUCCUUUCCCAGGCUGUGUUCAGUGAACUCCAGAUAGGAAAAGCUGCCUGAGGAGCUUAAAACAAUCCCAAAUACAUGAUGGAUUCCCCUUCCUCCUUCUGUCCCAAUCAGACUCACCUCACCGAAGGGUGAAACUCCCAAAUGUCCGUUUGUAACCAACUGGUAGGUGCUCAUCCCUUUCCCUUCCCAUAGAUCCUGCUUAGUGCAAUCCAGCAAGGAGGAAGAGUAGAUCCUGCUCACGGUGCAUUCCCUAGGCACAAUCCCAAAUUCUCUAUGGUACUCCAAGAAUCCUGCUGGAGUAUUUGAGAGUUCUAGAUCCAACAGCUCAAAAUCCAAGAAACCUUGGGAAAGGAGCAUUUCCCUUCCCUGGAAUGUCACAAUCACAUCAUCCAAAGGGGGGUCACGUGGAGAAACCAUCUGGCAGAGCUCAGAGCUCUCUUGGGGAGACACUGAGGUGGUUGGAGUGUGCCCUUCCCACCCUGCCAGGAUCCCUGCACUGCUGUGAAUGCCCAGGAAGGAGGAGGCUGCGUCCUUGUGGCCACGGGCUCUGGGAACGGACGGAGCAUCUUGGGAUCUCCCUGGCACAGGUGUAGGGACAGAGACGCUGGAAGUGGAGUGAAGGAUGGGCUCUGCAGCCCAGGCAGGUGCAGGCUCUGUGGGGCUGAAGGGAGGCACAGGCAGGGCUGUGGUGCAGAGCAGGACGAGGUGGCAGGGCCGGGCUGGGGACACCCCAACCCCAGGAGUGGCUUUGGGGGUGCGGAUCAGCCGGAGCCUCCGCACGUGCCAAGAGGGGCCGGGCUGGGAUGUACAGUGUGAAUAAAAGCUUGCAGCUCUUUAGGCUUUUUUGGAUCGAUGAAGCACUUUUUUUAUUAAUAUUAUUUUUUCUUUGUAUGUAAAGGAGGAAGCCGUCUCUCCGUAGCUGUGUACAGAAAUAACCCUUCUCUCCGCAAGAGAGUAAAGUGCUCCUAUAUUUUUCAUUUUUGUCAAAAGCGAGAAGUAAAUACUUUAGAAUUGUUAAAUAUAUAAAUAAAAGUGAAUAAAGUUUAGACUUUUGCAUGGGA